CCCACCAACACCCCCUCACCCAGACCACCCCCCCCCCCACCCCCCCCCACCCCCCCCCCCCCACGCCCCCCACCCCCCCACCCCCCCCCACCUCCGCCCCCCCCCCCAACCCCCCCACCCCCCCCCCCCCCCCCCCCAUCCCCCCCCGCCCCCACCCCCCCCCCACCCCCACCCCAACCCCCCCCAAACCCCCCCCGCCCCCCACCCCACCCCCCACCCCCGCCCCCCCCCCCCCCCCGCACCCACCCACCACCCCAACCCCCCCCCAACACAACACCCCCACCACCCACACACCCCCCCCCCCCCCCCACCACCCCACCCCACCCAACCCCCCCCCACCCCCCCCCCCCCCCCCCCCCCCACCCCCCCCCCCCCUCUCCCCCCCCCACCACCCCCCCCCCACCCCCACCCCCCCACACCCCACCGCCCCCAAACCCCCCUCUCCCCUCUCCAAACCCAACACAACCCCCCCCCCACCCCCCACCCCCACCACCCCCCCCCACACCCCCCCCCCCCCCACCCUCCAAACCCCCCCCCCCCCCCCACAACCCCCCCCCCCCCCCCAAUCCCCCCCCCCCCCAGCACCCCCCCCCCCCGCCCACGCCCCCCCCGCCAACCACCCCACCCCCACCCACACCCCCAACCCCCCCACCCCCCCCCCCGCCCCUCCCCCCCCCCCCCCGCCCCCCCAACCCCCCCCCACCCCCACCCCCCCCUCCCCACCCCCCCCCAACCUCUAACCACCCCCCCCCCCCACCCACACAACCCACCCACCCACCCCCCCCCCCACCCCCCUCUCCCCCCCCCCCCAAGGACCCCCCCCCCCCCCCCCCCCCCAAACACACCCACACCCCCACCCCACCCCCCCCCCCACCACCCCCACCCCCCCCCCCCACCACACCCCCCAACACCCACCCACCAACACCCCCCCCCCCCAACCCCACCCCACCCCCACCCCCCGCCCCCCCCCCCCCCCCCCCCCCCCCCCCACACCCCCCCAACCCACAACCCCCACCACCCACGCCCCCCCCACCCACCCCAUCGUCCCCCACCCCAGCCCCCCAACCCCCCCCCCCCCCCCCCCAACCCCCCCCCCCCCCCCGCCAACACACCCAGCCCCACCCCCCACCCCCACCACCCCCACCACCCCCCCCACCCACCCCCCCCCCCCAAGCCACCCCCACCACCCCCCCUUCCCCCCCCACCCCAACCCCCUCCCCCCCCCCCCCCCCCCCCCGCCCACCCCCCCCCCCCCCCCCACCCCCCGAC